UGCGUGCGUGCGUGCGUGCGUGUGUGUGUGUGUGUGCUUGCAUGUGCGUGUGUGUGUGCUUGCGUGUGCGUGUGUGCAUGUCUGCACGUGCGGGUGUGCCUGCGUGUGUGUGUGUGUGUAUGUUUCUCAGAUCCCCAAAAAAUGACAUCCUCAGUGAGCAUGAGCCUAGGUCUGAACUCCACAGACCCAUGGCGCCAUGUGGUCUGAAUAUAGCCAGGCUGCAUUUCUGACCAAUUAAAUGUGUAACCUAUUUCUAGGUAUCUUAGUGUGUGUGUUGCUUCAUGGGUCCUGAAAAGCAAAAAAGUUCAGGUCCCAAAUUUGGAAAGUAAUGUGCUUUGUGGAAGGCCGGUCUUUAUUAUAGAAAUAUUACAGUUGAUUACAAUAGUUUUACUAUUGCAAUUGUUGCUGCAAGGGUUAGACUCUGUUGGGUGCAAAGCUUUUUUUCAUUGGAUAAUAAAUCAUGGUAACUUUGUCUGUUCAUUGGAGAUAACCCUUGAAAAGACAGCGCAUGCAUGAAGACACAUUUUCCUGCUUAGCUGCUACAGAUAAGUAAUUACGGAAUUCGGGAUACGUUGAAUGUAUGGAAAUAGAAUGGAAUGAAUCACAGAAAAAUUGUGUUGUAAUUCUUAUGUUCAAUGAAUGACGUAUCCACAUGACUACUGUCACAACCCAGUUCAAAGGUUGGACAACCUUUGAGGGGGCACAGCACAUGAGAGAACUCCAGUCUUUCUAUUGAUUUAAGAUCGACAAAUAUUAAUGACUGUGGGCGUCUGUGGUCUCCGUGGUGUUUACAUUUACAUUUAGGGGAUUUAACCUGUUGAGGACAACCAUCUUGGUGCCGGGAUCUGUUAGCAGAGACAUUAGUGUUUGUGUUUAUGUGUGUGUGUGUGUGUGUGUGUGUGAUUGCAGGACUGUUUGCCCUGCUGUUGAUAGUGCUAGAGUGGACCCAACCCUGCCUGCCUUCCCCUCUGAGACCCAUCUGCGACCUGAGGGUCCUCAACCACUUCAUCAAGGAGGCCAGAGACGCAGAGACUGCAAUGCGGUCGUGUUUGGAAGGAUGCAGUCUCUCCGAGUCCGUCACUGUUCCCCAAACCAGAGUUGACUUUGAAAUCUGGGAGAGGAAAACUGCAGAGGUCCAAGCACAGGAGGUGCAGUCGGGCCUGUGGCUGUUGCACCAGGCCCUGAGUCUGCUGCAGAGCUCCGUCACCAACACAGCGCUGCAGAGCCACUUAGACAACAGUCUCCGGAACCUGCUCAGCACCAACGCCGUGCUGCGCAGCCUCAACUUCCAGGAGUACGUCCCGACAGACGGUGGCCCGGCCGGGGAAGAUACAUGGCGGGUAUCCACGGCCACAGAACUUCUUCAAGUGUACGUCAACUUCCUGCGUGGCAAGGUGCACCUCCUCCUGUCAGGUGCGCAGGCAUGCCAGCAAGACGUCAGCUGAUUGGCCAAGAAACUGGACAGAGUUUUUUUUUCCUUUAAUUGUAUAUUUAUUGUAUUCAACACUUUUUGACCACCCUACCACCGCGCUUAUUGGACAUAACGGAAAGUGGCAAAUUAUGUAUCCGCCACGUACCAAAGAAACGGACAACUUUGGGCGGAGGCUGAGAGCCAAAAUGGCGGCCCUUACUUCUUCUAAGACUGCACCUUGGAAUGUGAAGACGUGGCGUCUGGACAUGUGGGGGGGAGGGGGGGGGAAUGGGGCAGCAUACAUAGACUAAGGCAGAUGCAUUGCACUGCUUCAAAAGCUUUCCAAUCAGCACUCUUCAAGCACUUUGUGUGUGUGUAUGUGUGUGCAUACUUGUUGUGUGACGACCGCUCGUUUCAAUUUGUGUUUGUAAAAAGUGUGUUUGUACACAUACGUGUGUGUAUGUGUGUGUGUGUGUGUGUGUGUGUGUGUAUGGGUAUGUGUGUACGUGCGUGCGUUGGUGUUUUCUGUCAAUUUUACCCUUGAACCCACCUCUUUUGAUUGUAUGGUGGACUCACGGCAGUGGACAAUGCGAGGCAGUGGACCACCCAGAGAGUAUAGUUUGCACCUGGAAAACGGCAGAACGAUAAGUUUGCAACAUCCUUUUUCCCAUCGCCACUUCAGAGAAGGCCGGGUGGAGUGUUGCCCUGAUUUUUAUCCUUAGCCUCACCAGAACACAAUUAUGUUAUUCUACAGUAAAUAUUUUAAUAUAUAUUUGUAAUUGUUCUGCAACAGAUUAUUUAUAAAGAUUUUUAUUUCUGCCUUUUUAGAGCUGCAGUCACUGUUGAAUGUAAUUUUUUACACUCUCGCCUUUUAGGUGUGUUGGGGGGGUUCCUCGAGCCCCCUGUUGCUGGCUAGAGCUUCAAGCUCACCCGUAGAGGUGUCCGGCACACCCAGAUCAUCUUGAACAUGUAUCGUUAUGGGUAGAGAUGCCUAGCGUUGUCUUUUUAAAGUUUUAUACUCGCUACUCUCCAGAAGUAAAGAAACAUUCAGACAAUUAAUUAAUUAAAAAAGAAAAAGUGUUUGAUUUUGUGUCUCUUUUUUUUAAAGAACGGAUUAGUCUUUGGUGCUAUCGUUUUACCUCCAAAUGACGUGUGUGCGUUUGAUGACGCUAGUGCCACAUGCGCAAUCAGCGCUGAACGACGAGGAUCCGUGCGGAAAACAAUGCCAGCAGGAAGAAUUGUGAUUGGGCUUUUUAUGGCUUACAUCCUGCAAGGAGCUAAAACCUAAACCAUUUUCCGGACUCCCAGGCUUUCUCAUUCACACUUGCAAACAGUGCGUUGUUCCCACUCUCGUAUGUCAUCGCUUCACGUCACAGGCAUAGCAAUCAGUCCACACUGGAACUCUGCGGCGGUGACGAGGGACGCGCGUACACUUCAUCAAGAGUCUAGUUAGUUAGUUAGUUGUUGCUUCCCAGCUUGAAUGACGGAUGGUGACCAAGAGAGUUGUUUCCUGAUGAUGUUUUACUUUCUUGUUUUUUCCUUUAGCCCUCUGCAUUCCCACCAUUCUUUAGUUAUUUUAACUCAAAAUAUUAUUGGCGGGAUUAAAAAAAGGAUGUGGAUUUGUUAUGUGUCAACAACAAGUCUAUUGGGGGAGAAACAAGGUCUGUUGAAAUCAACCGAUAAGGGACAUUUUGGCAGUGGGUUGGAGACACUGGAGUGUGUGGUUUGCCUCACGCAGUGGCGGCCAACUAACCAAUUUGAUUUUCCCACGUUCAAGGUUCAGAGUGUGUUUUAACAAUCCUCAUGGAUGUCCUUAUCUCAGCUGAUAUGCUACCGCUUAUUCAGGGAGAAAUAAAGUCACAAAAAAACUGAUAAUUACUAUGUUGGAUCACAUUGGGCAACAAGAGGACAGAAAUGGGGAGCUGGACCCGAAGUCCUCCCUAAGACCUGCAACAUUAACAACGACGCUUCAUCUCUGCUUCCUAAUUCUUCCUUGGGAUAAGGAUAAAUAAAUACACCACCGUCUGCGGUACUUUGACUUAGAAGUGUCCAUAUGUUUUAAAGAAAAGGCACUUUUUUUCAAUAAAGAUAACAUGAAUGAUUCAGAAAUACAAUCUAGACAUUAAUGUGGUAAAUUACUAUUCUGUCUGGAAACGGCAGAUUUUUAAUGUAAUAUCUACUUGUACAGAGGCCCAUUUCCAGCAACCAUCACUCCGGUGUCCUAAUGGUACAUUAUUUAGCUAAUUGUGUUAAAAGGCUUUUCAGCUGUGUUGGCACAGCUGAAAACUGUUCAAUAAAGGUGUGAGUUUUCAAGAGAAACAUGAAAUUGUCUGGGUGACCCCAAACUUUUGAACGCUAGUGUUUUAGAGACUUAACUGAUCUAGCCACAUCUGAUGUCUUGAGACUCUAUUUUCUUUUUAUAUACUCGUCCUUUUUUUUAUUUAUUUAUUGUGUUCUGUACUUGCUUGCAAGUUUUUAGCAAGACCACACACAAUGUCUGCUUUGGAUUACCUUACAAUAAUGCUGCUUUACAAUAAUUGUACUGCUUGUUGUCAAAUAUGUUGUAUGUCGCCUUCGACAAAGAUGUCUGCCAAAUGAAAUUAAAGUAAAGUAAAA